AUGAUAAAAUAGGAUUACUACACUAAAACUAAUUUGAUAACUUAAUUGACUUAAAUUUUACACUAACAAAUGCUUCUGUUAUAAAAUAAAAUAUGGUAAAUAUAGUUAAUAAUCUUUAAGAGGCCAUAAUAAACUAAAAAUAAGAAAGUUUUUGCAAUUUUUUAGACUUUUCAAUUGGCAGCGAUGAUUAAAUUCAUUUUGAAAAUAAAAUUUAUCCCACAGUUCAAUCCCAAAACUAUUUUAAAGAAGGAUUUACUUAAACAUAAAUACACACUUAUUAAAAAGAAUAAGAAUCAUUUUAUUAGUUUAACAAUCAAAUAGUCAAUUAUAUUUAGGAAUCGUAAAAUACUAGUCUCGCAAAAGAAUAGUCUGAAGAUUAAUGCAAAAGCUUAGAUUAUUUGUUAGAAAGUAUCUAAAUAAAAGGCUAGUAUAAAUUCAUAAAUUCUAAUAAUUACAAAAGUAGUUAUGAGUAAUAUUUUUAAGAAAACUAAAAUUAAUCUUCUAAGACUGAAAGUAUUGAAUAGAGGGAUAAAAUGUUUAACAGCAUAAUAAAAACGAAAGAAAAGAGAAUAUUUAAUAAAAAAUGCAUUAGAAACGAAGCAUUUCAUUUAAGCAUAAGAAAAGCAAUUAUAAAUGUAUUUUUAGAUUAAAUAGCUUAUCGAAUUUCAAUAAAUAAAAUUUCAAGUACUAAGACAAUGA